AUGGAUAUCGCUCAAGAUUCCGACAGUAACAUUGGCAGCGCAGAGAAUUCGGCGUCCUACGAUGGCAAUAUUCCAAGCCUUCCUGAUGAUGUAUUAUACGAAAUCCUCUCUUAUUUUAAACCGAGAGACUCAGACCAGCACAAAGACUGGAAAUUUGAGAAGGAACGCAGGCAAGUCGUUCAGAAUUUACGCCUAGUAUGCGGCCGUUUCAACCAAAUCGCCUCGCCGCAUCUUAUGGACGAGCUCAUUGUCCGCAUCGACGAGCAAUCCCUCGCCCACGCGACCAGAUUACUCGAGACUCCGCUCAUAUCUCCAGGCAUCCGCAGUAUCAAGGUGGUGCUCGCGUACCGUCCAAAGGAGAUAGCAGACCACAUCUUCCGAUUUGCCAUGCUCAAGAUGGAGGAGCUACGCGAGAUACAAAGAGACUGCUCUUGGAAGCUGGAUGAAUAUUCAAGUGCAAGUGCUAGAGGAGAGGAAACUCCACAUCAGCUGGUAGAGCUUUAUGGAGAGGCAAUUGGAAAUUACGAUACUAUCAGAGAAGCGUGGAAGGAUCACCUCGAGUAUGGUGAAGAACAAGGCGUACACGGCCACUUCUAUGAGGACGACGGCUUUUUGGAGGACGACAUCGAAGAGCAAGCCCUCGAGGAGGUUCGCCCUGAGGACGAAGCUAAAUUUGCUGCCUAUCGCCAGGUUCUCCAGGAGGCUCAUGAGCAGUAUGCGGCAAAGCACAGAGAGCAAUACCUGCUGGUGAAAGAUGCAUCGUUCGCCCGCGUCCUGGCGUCCUCGGUUGCUCGAUCGAAGUCUUCAAUUGCCAUUUCCUUUGUUGAUGAACAUAUGCAGAACAUGUCUAGAGAAACCGAUGCACCUGCUCUGACAGACAAGAGUCAAUUGUCGAGCUUCCUGCUCGCGCCAAGCAGCUGGGGCAUGAUUUGGGAAGUUGACAGAGAUGCCCUCAUCCAUACAGUCGGGGUUCUCGCCGAUCUUCCAAUGGCCCUAAUGAAGGAAGGAAUUGCGGUGAAACAGCUGAAGCUUUUCUGUUUCCCAGUUGCCGGUGACUUCCCCCGCCUGAAGCCAUCUGUAGGCUCAUGGGAAGACCUGGAAAAGGCACUGGUGCACUUGGAACUCUUCCGUUUCGAAGGCCCGUCCACGAACCGCCUUCUCGUCGGCCGCUGGUCCCUACCGGAAGUUGAAAAGCGGUCAAACUUAUUCAGGUAUCUCGGCGCUGCUUUCAUGAGCUCGGCCCUUGAGUCGGCGCACCUUGAUGCACACUGCCUCAAUGCGGUACCGCUCCAUUCGGUUUUCCAAAGAAUCCGAUGGCCACGGAUCAAACACCUAUUUAUUCGCAACAUCUGUUUGAGUCAGGAUGACAUCUCGGAUCUGUGUAAAGGAAUCGCUCCAGCCGAGUCACUAGACUUGAGAUGGAGGAGCUUUAAAGCCGUGCUGGAUUUGCUACAUGAAGUAGCAGUUCGACACCAAUGCCGAGUCAAGUUUAAAGACCCGGGCAUAUUCGACGAAAAGCUUCAAGCUGCCACUGACAUGUAUUUGUCGGCCGACAAGGACGGAAGAAAUCCGCUCGAUGAAUCUCUAAAUUCCCCUCUGUUGUGGAUAGGUGACUUUAUUGAGGAUGAUUCGGAGGGAACCUUUGAGGACGAGGUCUAG